AUGGAAGUGCAUCUUCUUCCCCUCUAUCCUCGGACCCUGAGCAAAAUCCCUCUGGCACAGGUGAAACCGCCAUCCGUCUCCAGUGACACUGGGGUAGAAAAACCCAAAGAGGAGGACGCGGUGGAGAAAAGACUACCGUCCAACUACCAUACACCGGACAAGUCAGAGUCCUCGGGUCUCGAUACGCCGGUCAAACCCUCCGUUUCAACUAUGAUCAAGAACCAGAGCCGGUUCGCUGUCGUCCACCGAAGGAGCACCAAUGUAACGGCCUCGCCACCUGUCAACCGCAGCCGGGAAUCAACCGAGGCC